UUUGGAAUUUGUUUAAUUCACUAAACAAUUAUUUAGUCAUAAAUACAGUACAUAUUAAAUGUAUAUGGAAGAUAGUUUGAUAUAGUAUUAAUUGUAAUUAAUGAAUAUUUGUUCUUAUUAAGAUAUUUAUCAUCAGUUAACCAAUUAUUAAGACUAAUGAGAUACAAUUUAAUUUAAAAGAAAAUGAUGAAUUAAUAAUAUAUUUUUGGGACAAUUUUUAAGUACAAAUGGCUAAAUGAAUGCAAUGAAUAUUACAGGACUCUUGUUAAUUUUAAUGCGCGUUGGUCUGUAUUAAAGAACCGAGAGGGCCCUAGCAUGGCCCGCGGGCCAUACUUUGCCCACCCCUUGGUUCCAAGACGGUCAUUGCAAUUUUAAUUGGUCACUUUAGCAAAAAAUUGGUGCAUUCUGGGAUUCCAUGUAACAAUUUGAAUAUAGAAUUGUCUUCCCAGUCAUAAGGCUGAAAAGUAAUUGGUUUUCAGCAGGCUCUAAGCAGCUCUGUCACAGGCAUUACGUGUCCACUUACAAACAAUGCAGCCCUCCCCCCAAAGCCCCACACCAUCCCUCACAAAUGCCUUUCUGUCUUUCAUAAGACUAUUAAGCAAAGAUUGCUCAUGUGGCCCCAAGCAGUAAUGUACUAGUAGCGUACGUACACCGAAAUUAGCGCCGCGCUACAAUCAGACUUUGCACUAUUAUGAAUUUCAAUUCCUUUCCCAUAAUAUUGUAUUGUUUUUUUUUCCCCCCAAUGCAGUCGUCCAGGUGACCACCAAUUCACUUCUGAGUCUGGAGGCAGCACAGACAUGGAGCUUGUUUAUGAUCUUUUAGGGGACAAUGCUUGGCUGUACAUCAGUGCCACCUUUGCGGUGUUGUGGACUGCCGCGUGGCUGUACAGAGACAGCCUGGAAAUCGAAGACGUGACCGACAAAUACGUCUUUGUGAGCGGCUGCGACUCGGGCUUCGGAAACCUGCUGUGCAAAAAGCUGGAACGCAAGGGCUUCCACGUACUGGCCGGCUGCCUCACCGAAAAGGGCGCCGAGGAGCUGAAGAAGACGACGGGGCCCUACUUGAAGACGGUGUUGCUGGAUGUGAGCAGUCAGGACAGCAUCCAGAAAGCCAUGGAGUGGACCAAAAAGGAGGUUGGCGACAGUGGACUCUGGGGUAUCGUAAACAACGCCGGCCGCUCUCUGCCCAUGGGGCCCACCGAGUGGAUGAAAGUGGAGGAUUUCCACAGCACGCUGAAGGUCAACAUGAACGGCGUGAUCGGCAUGACCGUCACCUUCCUGCCGCUGGUCAAGAAGGCCCGCGGGCGCGUGGUCAACGUGGCGUCGGUGCUGGGCCGGGUGGCGGCAAACGGCGGAGGCUACUGCAUCUCCAAGUUCGCCGUGGAGUCUUUCUCCGACUGCCUCAGGAGAGAUAUCAACUACUUCGGGGUGAACGUGUGCAUCAUCGAGCCGGGCUUCUUCAAGACGGCCGUGACCAGCCUGGAGCCCAUCGAGAGGGAACUGCACCGCUUGUGGAACCAGCUCAGCCCCGAAGUACAAGCCAGCUACGGGGACAAGUACCUGGACAAGUACAUUAGGAUCCAGCGGUUCAUCAUGAACGCCAUCUGCGACUCGGACCUGACCAAGGUGACCUUCUGCAUGGAGCACGCGCUGACCGCCGUGUACCCUCGCACCCGCUACAGCGCCGGGUGGGACGCCAAGCUCCUGUGGAUCCCGCUGUCGUACAUGCCGUCCUGCGUGGUGGAUAUCGGGCUCAAGCUGAUUCUGCCCCGGCCGUCCAAGAGUGUCUGACCACUGAUAAUUUGAGUCAUUCUCCCUGGUGCCGGUGAUGCUGUAAAAAGAUUGAUAGUUAUUUAUAGUGCCUAUUAAUUGAUCUAUAAUUACAAAUGUAUUUAUAAAUUAGGUGUAUAAUGUCACAAAUUUAAACUAAAUAAAUAAGAUACUGUAAUGUGCCUUUUGCCAUAUUAUAUGGAAUCCUUCAUGUGAAGCAGUGUGGUUGAUCAAACGCAUACACUUAAAUAAAGACCCUUUUUCAUACA